AUGAAACCGAGUGUGGAGUUUGGUACAAAGAAGACCACUGUUCCAAACAACGGUACUUCUAAACCAAUAACAUCUCAGAUUUGGUCCAAAUCUGGUACAUGUCCGGAUGGGACAAUACCGGUUCGUAGAGUCAGUAGAGAAGACAUAAGAAGAGCCUCUUCACCGUCUCACUUUGGAAGAAAAACUCCUCGCACGUACAACUUUCUCGACAGCGCACUUCAACGCAAGGCCAAUUCCAAUUUAACAGCUGAACUCAUAUCCCUACCCCGCCAAAAGGACCGAUCGGAGGCGAUCCUUCUCACUCUAGGGUACAAUUAUCUUGGCGCUCAAUCCGAUAUAAAUGUUUGGAACCCUCCAAGAGUUCAGCCUCACGACUACAGCUCUGCCCAAAUCUGGCUGCUUGGUGGCCUCUCGGGUGAAUUCGAGAGCAUAGAAGCUGGUUGGGUGGUGAAUCCAGGCGUUUUCGGAGACUCGCGCACACGUCUCUUCACCUACUGGACUAAAGAUUCAUACACUAAAACAGGCUGCUUCAACCUCUUAUGCUCCGGUUUUGUGCAAACAACUACUAAAUUCUCCCUCGGUGCAGCCGUAGAACCUGUUUCGACUACCUCGCAUGACCAAUAUCACAUCUCUGUUGGCGUGUUCCUGGAUCCACACACCGGGCACUGGUGGUUGACUAUCGAAAACACCGUGGUGGGAUACUGGCCGGGGAAACUCUUCUUCUACCUCAAACGCAGCGCCACCGCAGUGCAGUGGGGUGGAGAAGUGUAUAGCCCUAACGUGAUGAAGAAGCCACACACAAGAACUUCAAUGGGAAGUGGACAAUGGGCAUAUGACCUCUUUGGCGAGGCUUGUUUCCAAACCAACAUUAGGAUCAAAGACAAUUCCUUGCAGAUCAAGUAUCCCGAUAAUUUGGCAGAGUACUCUGAUGAGGUCUAUUGCUAUUCUACAAAGCUUUACCGGGAAACGUAUAAAUUAGAGCCCGCUUUUUACUUUGGAGGACCUGGCCAGAAUCGUCGUUGUCCUUGA